AGCCUCUCUCUCUCUCUCUCUCUCUCUCUCUCUCUCUCUCUGACUGCAAGCUUUCCCUUGACCUAGGCCCCGUCCUGCCCUUUCUGCCACAAUUAACCCCCUCACUAGAUAAUUAGGAUCAACUAGAAGAUAAGUAUAGCACUCAUGGAUCAGCUUCCUCUUCCUUCUGGUGGCUCCAAGGCCUCCACGCCCUUCCACCUUACCUUAGACAACACAACGACAUCAACCUCACCGCCGGCGCCGGCGCCCGGCUCGGAACCUUCUACCCGGUCCAACCAUGAGAGGAGCACAGAUACGAUCAAGGCAAAGAUCAUGUCUCACCCUCUCUACCCGGCUCUCCUCAGAUCCUUCAUAGAGUGCCAGAAGGUGGGAGCCCCGCAGGAGGUUGUCGGCCGGCUAUGCGCCCUCGCCGGCGAGCUAGAGUCAGAUUGUGGCGACCAGCGGCAAGAUUCGUUGGACGCAGAACUUGACGAGUUUAUGACCUACUGUCAUGUGCUGGUGAGGUACAAGCAGGAGCUCACAAGACCAAUACAAGAAGCCGACCAGUUCUUCAGGGACAUCGAGGCGCAGAUGGACUCGUUUACACUAGAUGACAACAGCGGCGGAGGUGAUGACGGUUCCUCGGAAGAUGAUGAGCAAGAAGCAGGCCACGCGGACGGCUUGCCGGAGAUCACGAGUCAAUGCGCGGAGGACAAUGAGCUGAAGAGCCACCUCCUGAGCAAGUACAGCGGCUACCUGACUAGCCUCUGGAGGGAUCUCUCCAAGAAGAAGAAGAAGGGCAAGCUGCCCAGGGACGCUCGCCAGAAGCUCCUGCACUGGUGGCAGCUGCACUACAGAUGGCCCUAUCCAUCGGAACUGGAGAAGGCGGCGUUGGCGGAGUCGACGGGGCUGGACGGGAAGCAGAUCAACAACUGGUUCAUCAACCAGCGGAAGCGGCACUGGAAGCCGACGCCGCCGGCCGUGGAAUACAGGUCGCAGCAGCAGCAGCCCCAUUACGGCGCUUCGAGCAGCUCUUCUGCUGCCUUUCUGACGGAAGGGCAUUACUUCACCGGAGGAAGCGCAUAUCCCCCUCGUGGCCCGUGAUGCAACUGGCCGCGGCCGGCCAUACGUACUUACGUGCACGUAUACGUAUACGUACAUGAUACAUAUACACAAAUGGUGUGGGUGUGUGGAUGUGGUGUCAUUAACUGGGGCUAUAUAAUGUGUGCUUAUAUAGCUAAGGAUUUGAUCUGGCUAAUGACAUGGACAUAAGGUGUGUAACCUCUGUUGAUUCUUUCGCACCUGAUCUGUAUGCGCGAUUAAUUAAUUUGCCCCAAAUGCAUGCACCUGCGUGGGUGAAAUGAUGCAUGUAUGGGGUUACAUAUAUAGAAAUUUGUAACAGAUCACCAUUAUUGGUUUUGGUCUUGUGAUCCAUUGCCGUCUUAUGUUAGAGCAGUUCCCUGCUUGUGACA